AUGUCUGCUGUUGUUCGAGGCCUCAAAUCGGUUGUCUCGGCGCUGACAGACAUCAACCCUGCGACACUCUCGGGCGCCAUCGAUGUGGUGGCUACAAAGCACCCGGACGGUCACAUCGAGUCGACGCCGUGGCAUGUCCGCUUUGGCAAGAUGCAGAUCUUCUCUGCAUCCGCCACCCCUGUGGUCCGCAUUCGCGUCAAUGACAAGGAGACGGACCUGGCCAUGGUCGUCGGCCAUGCCGGCGAAGCCUACUUUAUCUCGCAAGAGGAGGCGGCUCACCUCGAGGCGGCGGCUAGCGGAAGCGCGGGCGGAGGUGAGACCGAGACAAACAACGCGCUUGACUCGGACGAUGAACCAGACUCGACCAGUAGUGACAUCGCGCUGCCGGCGCCACAUGCUGUUAUUCGUGAUGACUCCAUCUCUGGCGGGCCGAGCGGCGAGCUUGUCCUGCCCGAGUCGCGCCUCGCCUCGGCCGAGCCGUCGCCGGUCUCUUCCACCGCAGCUUCGAUCAAUGGCGAGCUGACCGACGACCCCGACGCCGACGACGAUGACAAUAGCAACGACGACGACGACGGCGACGAUGAAGACGACGACGAUCUCGCCGGCCCGGCCAUGUUCGCCUUUGACGAAGACUCUACAAAUGGCUCGCCAGAGCGCGAGAGCACAGACAGCGCCAGCGGGCGGUUCGCGCCGCUGAGUGUUGAGCGUGUUGCUGCCCACAACCUGUCGCAACAGAGCAGCGUGGCGACAAACUCGCCCGCAAUUGACGCGCUCUCGCCGCGGUCUGAUGGCGUGCUCGAGACUGACAUUCCGCGCUCGUCACGGCGAUGGGAGUGGCAGUGGGGCGAGGGACCCGAGCGGCGCGAGGAGGCUGCGGGCGUCGACGCUGGCAUCCACGUUCCGGGCUCGUUCCAUCGCCACGGCUCGGGGCGGGUCGCCACCCUCAAGCAGCGAGCAGUCUCAGCUUCGCCAGAGCUCAUCUCGCGCUCGCUGCCAGACAUGAGCACCGCGCCGGCAACCGAAAAGUACGACGAGAUGAACACAUCAGUCCGCGAGGUACUGAUGACGCGGACGCCGGCGUCGCCGCGGCGCUCGCGUGGCUGGUCGUCGUUCAUCAAGUCGCUUUUCUUUUCGUCGUCGUCGACAACGUCUCGGGCCGACAAGGCCGGUCAAAGCGACGCCACAAGUCACGGCGACGCGUCGACGUCGUCGGCGCCGGUCGGUACUGGCAACGUCACCGACUCGACGCAGGCCUCGUCGCCGGCGCAGCUCACUGCGCUUUUGAAUGGCGGCUCGGUCCGCGUCGAACUCUCAGCAUGCGGUGAGCUGCUGACCAGUGACGAAGCCACGGGUCUGAGCUACGCCGAGGCGUGUGCCAUCUUUGACGCCCACGCCAUUUCGUUUGAAGCCUUUGCCGCCGACCCGGUGACCCACACCCGUGACGCCUCGCACAUUUUCCGCAUCAACGACUCGUUCUAUGUGUGGUCGGUGGCGGCGCCAAUCAUCUUUGCCAAGGUUCUGUUCAACCGCCCGCUCCCUGCCGAUGCAUUUGACGGCCAACCAGAGCUGAGCUUUGACUCUGGCAACGACGCGUUUUUGACGCCGCAGGCGAGUAGCACACCGCCACUGCCGACCAAUCCGCUCUCGACAUCAAUGCCAUCGAUGCCGUCGGUGCCGUCAGGCGAGCUCGGAGAGAGCGGAGAAAAUGAUAGCGCCGAGGACGCUGAGGCAUGUGUGGCUGCCGAGGACGCGCUGACGAUGCAGCGGCGACAGAAGCGGCUGGUUCCGACGCCCGAAGAACUGGCCUCGCUUGAUCUGCACGACGGCGCCAACGAGCUCACCUUUGUGGUCCGCGGCUGGCGCGGGACGUGUGAGCAGCGCGCGUUUCUCUACCUGUGGUCCGCAACGAACUCGCGGGUGGUUGUCUCUGACCUCGACGGAACAGUGACCUCGUCGGAUGCGCUCGGUCACGUCCUCCCUGUCCUCGGCGUCCAGUGGGCUCACUCGGGCGUGUCAAAACUCUUUGACGCCAUCGUCUCCAAUGGCUACAAGAUCGUGUUUCUCUCCUCGCGCGCCAUCGGGCAAAUGGGCCUCACACGGUCGUACAUGGACUGGGUCUCCGAGGACGGCGUCCACCUCCCGCCGGGUCCCAUCCUUGUCUCGCCUGACCGGCUCUUCACCUCGUUUCACCGCGAGGUCAUUCUCCGCAAGCCCGAGGAGUUCAAGAUCGCGUGCCUCCGCUCGCUCCGCUCGGUCUUCCCGGCCCAGGUCAACCCGUUCCACGCCGGCUUUGGCAACCGAAUCACCGACGCCAUCGCCUACGCCGAGGUCGGCAUCCCCACCUCUCGCACAUUUAUCAUCGACCACCGCGGCAAGGUCGUCCGCGAGAACCUCCCGUCCACCACCUACAAGGAGCUCAAGGAGCGGGUCGACUACGACGACGACGCCGUGGCGCCGUCUGAUGAGUAUGGCGACUUUCUCUUUUGGAAGAUGUAG